GUCUACCUCAACACUUAAACGAGCCAUGACUUACCAACACUCUCAGCGACAACCCUGGACUGGACAUGCCACUUGGCAUACCAAUACUUCUGCGGGCAAGGGAAAUGACUCAACGUAUCUCAUUAUUCAGAAUGAUGGUAACCCUGUGCUCUACAAUGAGGGUGAAGUUCCCAUCUGGGCGGCUGCUAGUAAUAAAUGAU